UGACAGCAGGGGCGAUAUCCGCUCACUGCCCAAACAACUCAAAGGCUCUCUUCUGUCCUGUAACGGAGGAAGAAUUCUCAAAAGAGAAGCUAACAAAGCUAACAUUGUAUUAUCAGGCAGUGAUAUCUGUUAGCACCCUGCUAGCCUUGUCACUCAUGGCCUUUCUGUACAGUUUGCCUAUGGAAGGAAAGCUUUGAAGCAUAUGCAAGGAGUAAACGAAUGCCUUUGAUUUUUUCAGCUGGGAGCAAAAACAACAGCGCUGUUUGAGAGCUGAAUCCAGCUGGCUAAUAGUAAAAGGUAAUGCGUAAGGCCGUGACACUGCAAACUGAUCCCAGUUGCUCAUGCUGCGUGUCUUCUAGAGGGGAAAAUAUGUGUGGAUGGCCUGUGUGACAACAUGAGGCCCUUUAGGAAUGCACAGGAUCGCGUAGCACUCAGGACGUCAAAGGCAGCAGCUAAUCGCUAACUUGCUAGGCGGAGGACAUGCUUUCUGCUCGCUGCCAUCCAGCACCCAACUGAUUCUGCAGGAAAGCACCCUACCCUGUGUUCCACAAGGUGAAGGAGACGGUGACAACAGCGCAGAGGACAGCAGAACGAGAGAGAGGGAAAGAGCGAGGGGCAGGGCGAGAGAGAGAAAAGAGAAGAGGCUGCCAUGAUGGGCACACCUCUGAGGAGGAAAGCCCCGGCUUCUGACUGCCUCUCCUGCUGCACAUACAUGGCCUGUGACUGCGAGGGAGGGAGGUGGGAGGAGAGAGAGAGAGAGAGAGAGAGAGAGAGGCAGUCUGGCAGGCACAUGGCCAGUGAAUGAGAAGAACUUGUCCUCAGCACACAGUCUUACUGGAUUUGAGCUGUGUGAUGGCUGAGGCCGAACUUCACAAAGAGAGGCUACAAGCUUUGGCGGAGAAGCGAAAAAGGCAAGCUGAGAUUGAGGAUAAAAGAAGACAGUUAGAUGACCUUGUCCUGCAACUUCAACAUCUCAAGUCCAAAGCAACUAGGGAAAGAUGGCUUCUGCAAGGAACUCCAGCAGGACCUCAUGAGGAAGACGAAGGACGGAGGAAACAGAUUGAGCAGGAUGAGCUUCACGUCAAGAAAUUAGAGGACACCAUCCACAGAUUGGAGUCAGAGAUCAUACAGCUGGAGAACGAAGAAUUGCAAAUUUCCGCCAAAGAGCAAGUGCUCAGAGAGAGACUGCGGGAAACAGAGCGCUCUAUCGAAGACCUACAGAAAAGUCUGCAGAACCAAGAUGGAGAUGCAGUGAAUUACAUCUGUUCCCACAUCCCUGACCUCCCAGAGCUGAACUCCCAAACUCCGGCCACAGCUUCGGGGGACCGCCAACUCCCAAGGAAACCUGCAUUAUACGCCAUGGAAAUCAGCGUUGAAAAGGACCUGAAGACGGGUGGCACCAAAAUCCUGUCCGCCUCCCCGGUCAGCCCUGAGGAUGCUCACCAGCGGGGCGUCAAGGUCUACGACGAUGGCCGUAAGGUGAUCUAUGAGGUGCGCUCUGGGGCUUCCACCACACUGGAGAACGGCGUUCACCCCUGGAGCUCAGAUGAGGUGGAGGAACUGAUGGGGUGCGUGGGUCAGAGCCACCAGAGGGCCGACGGCACCCAUGUCCUCAUCACACCGGCUGGUCCAGAGGCCAAAGACAGCCAGCAAAGCUAUGGGGAGCAGACCAUGCACAAGGAGGCCAAGCAGGAGAUGGUCCGUGGACAGCAGAGCAAGCCACAGGCUACUGGACAGGUCCGGCAAAGCUACGAGGGUGAGGUGAUGGAGCCACCCGAGGCCACGGCCGAGAAACCGGUCACCAUGAUCUUCAUGGGCUACCACAACGUGGAUGACGAGGAGGAGAGCAAGAAGCUGCUGGGCUUCGAUGGCACCAUCAAGGCUGAGAUUGUGCUCAUUGACGAGGAUGACGAGAAGUCCCUGCGGGAAAAAACCGUCACCGACGUGUCCACAAUCGACGGCAAUGCCGCCGACCUGGUCUCGGGGCGGCCACCCUCCGAAGCCACUGAACUGUCCUCCGAGGGCAAGGACGAAAGCUCAGCCAAGGAGCCGCCGCCCGCAGGCAGUGAGAAGGCUCGCUGUGUGUUGCUGACAGCGGAGAAUGGCCUGUUCCCUGGAGCUGCAGUCAGACCCUCACACAGCCCACCGAAAUCCUCCAGGAUUUCAGAGGAUGACAGUGAGCUCAAGAGUGAGAAGAGCCUGAAGAGUGUUAGUUUCUUAGACCCAGUCAGUGUGAUCUCCAGUGGCAACAUGGAACUUGAGACCCAAAGUGAGAGCCAGCAUAACCAUGCAACAAGUGGGCAGAAUGGUGUGAGGCACACUGGAGAGGCGCUGGACAGUGAAGUCGCCCAGGAAAUCCGUUACCUUGAUGAGGUGCUUGAGGCCAACUAUUGUGACCCUGGAGCUGAGAUGACUUCAAAUGGAACUUGUUCCCCUGAGCUCCAGACAAUCACUGUUGAAGGAACUGGGCCAUCUGUUCAUGUUUCCGAUGUGUCAUCUUCAAUUAGUCAUGAUGUAACUGUAGAGGGGAACAAACAGACCACCUAUGUUGAGGACACUUUGAAUAGUACCAAACCAAACGGUCAUUCAGGAAUCAUGAGUGAAUGUAGCAGAUCACCUGAGUCAGGAACGACAAUCAAGAAAGAGGCCCGUUUUGAGCUUCGAGCUUUCCAUGAAGACAAAAAGCCAUCCAAGCUCUUUGAAACACCAACAGAGAAAGAAAUAAGGGUGAAGAAGGUAAGGCCUUCAGAAGAGAUUGCUGAGCUAGAGAAGGAGCGCUUGGAACUUAUUCGAGAUCAAGCAGUCAAGAAGAAUCCAGGGAUAGCAGCGAAAUGGUGGAAUCCACCCCAGGAAAAGUCACUGGAAGAUGAGCUGGAACCAGAACAACUGGAGUCACUCAGAAAGUAUGAGGAGAGAAAGAAGAAGAAGCCUGAACCCAGCCGAGUUCCACAAACCUCCCCUAAACAAACAGUCUCCUUCGUCCAACCUGAUGUAGGAAAUAAGGAAGAUGUAGUGGUUCAGGGCAUUGAUUUCUCAGCAGCACGCAAACAGUUUCUCCAGAUGGAACACAGCAAACAACAGCAGCAAGCCAUGAAAAGAAGUGUGGCUCCCCAGAUCUACUCUGCCAAACCUUUUUCCAGGACCUCAGAUGUUGAUAAAUCAAGCAGCUCCAUCACAGUGACCAGCCAUGGUAGGGUCACUGUGGAGGAUGGAGAAAUGAGCCAGGUCAGAGGGGUUUUAUGCAGUUCUGGAGAUUCCACUACACAUACCACUGACAAUGAGGCAAAGAAUGAUGACUUUACCUGUGCCCGGGCAGUGAUGACUAUCUUCAAGGAUGAAGAGUCUGAUUUGUACCAGCGGUCCAUGAACAGUUGCUAUCAUCCUGAGGAGAUUGACUCUGGGUUGGAUGACCUGUCCCUCAGGUCUCAGGACACCACUGUGCUUGAGACCCUGUCCAAUGAUUUCAGCAUGGAUAACAUAAGUGACAGCGGUGCCUCCAAUGAGACAAUGAGCGCCUUCUUGGAAAACUCUGCUGGGGACUACUCCUUUCCCUGUACUCCAAUGGCCACAACACCUAUCAACGGGAAGCUGGAAGGCAGCACAAAAUCACCAGGUGAGCAGAGCAGCUCUUGUACAGGAGACAGCCUGACCGAGGAGGAGCUGGAAUACCAUGCAGGCAUCCUGGUCCAAAACGCAAUCCAGCAAGCUAUUGCACAUGAGGCCGACAAAUGGCAACCACUCCAGGCCAUGCAGCAGUCCUCCCCCAUCUCUGAGAGGCAUGUGGAAGUUUCUGAACCCUCGGCACCUGAAGAGAAAUCCCCCUGUACUCCACCUUCUAAAGAGACAUUCCCCAUGGAAGAGAAGAAAACCACAGCUCCUAAAAUUACUGUACAGGUGCCUGCAGUCCAAGCCACUCCGGCUAUUCCAGUGAACACUUAUAGGCCCCCGAGUCCUUCUCCCCCACCAAGUGAGAAGUCAGAGUUCAGCUAUUUCAGUAAGUACUCAGAGGCAGCAGAGCUCCGAAGCACAGCAUCUGUGACCCGUGCCCAGGACACUGAAGUUACGUCAGGGCCCUUCAAGCUGCGCUCGCGCAAGCAGAGGACUCUGUCCAUGAUUGAGGAGGAGAUUCGGGCGGCACAAGAGCGAGAGGAAGAGCUUCGGAGGGAGCGGCAGGCCCAAAGCUUGCGUCCCAACCCCAAUCCUACUGUCAAGCAAAGGACAAACAGCCUUCCAGCCAAACUGGUCCUCACUGGGAAAACUGCUCCAGGUAAAAUUGAGAAGAUCCGCACAGCACCUCCAGUAUCCCCUGCCUCCUCAAAUGGUGCUCCCUCCCCUCUGUCUGAUUUGGGAAGCGAUGACUCAGGUGGCAGCCAGCGGCCCAAGAACUUCAUGCAGACCCUGAUGGAAGAUUACGAAUCGCACAAAGUCAAGCGCAGAGAGAAGGCAGAGGACAACAGCUAUGCCCGUUUAUUGCUCGCUAAUGAUGUUACAUCUGAGGUUCUGGAGGCGACGCGAGUGACCCGCCGAAAAAGCAACAUGGCUCUGCGAUGGGAGGCAGGAAUUUACGCCAACCAGGAUGAAGCUGAGGAGGAGGAGGAGGAGGAGGAGGAGGAGGAAGAGUAAAACCAGCCACCCACUAAAGAAAGAGAGAAGGAAGAGUGAGAGGAAAAGAGAACAGAUCUGAUGAGAUGGUUCUUGUAUUGAGAUGACUACAAGUAUUUAUUCUGAGUUUAUACUGCAGGAGCAGGUCACUGAUUCAAGGCACUGCACUGGAGCUGUGUUCACCCAGUGGAGCCAAAGACCCUCCAUGCCUCAGAGGAACCUGAGGAACAGCCUUUUCACUGAGAACUCCAUGCAACAACACAAUGAGCACCAGACCAGACGUCCAAACCUUAUAGUGCUUACUGUUUCUUUCCUCAUUUCCAAGCUUUUUUCCCAGUGGAUGGGUGCAGUAGGUUGGAAAGAUGUGCAAAGACAAUUUAAAUUUUUUAUGGUUGGGUAUCGAUUUCAUGAAGUGACAUUGAACUGACGUUGCCAAGUGACAUAUGUGACGAUCGAGGUGUGUUAUUUAAAGCAUAGAGGGUUUAUGUGGCUAUGGAGACAUGACAUAGGAUGGAACAGAUAAUGUCUGAAUGGAAAAUGUCUUUUCAAAUAGGAGCACUUGAUCUAGAUGGAAAAAAAAACAGGGAUUUGUUGUAAUUAGUGAAUUAUUUUCAUAUACACCAAGUUUUAUGUAGACUGUGUAAAGCCAUGUCUAGUCUUUGUUAAGCCUAUAAGUAUUUGACUUGGAAAAAGGUGGUUAUAAAUGCAGUCAUAAUAACAGCAAAAUAUAUGCAAUAACUUGAAAGAGUGGGGGGACAUAAUUUGCCAUAUUGAAUUAAAAUCCACUAUCACUGAAAAAAAUGUAGUAAGAACCCUUUUAAGAGAUGGAAGAGGAAAGUAGGGCAUAUAUUAGACUUUGGCUUUGGCAAGUACUUGUUACAGGCAACAGUAGUUUUGUAGUGCACAAUCAUAUUCAACCAGUCACAAAUUAGUCUGCCAGUAACACAGAAAGGAAGAGGAAUAUUGAAGAAAGCUGUAGAAGGGCCUGUCUAAAAGCUGCUUGACUAUUCUUUAUUGAAAAACGACAGAGAAUUGGCUACAGGAAGGCUUCAGGAUGAUGCAAUCUAUGGACGUUUUUUAGGCUAAACCACACGCUGACUGCAGAAGUACUUUCAAACUACAUACAGUCUUGGGGUCAAUUUAAAACCAUUUAAUAAACAACACACAUUCUUUCCCUCUAGACAAUCUUGUUUUGCUUUUCCAGAACGACAAUGGGUUUAUACUUUGCUAUCUUGUAUGAUAUAACACAUGCAAAAUAAAUGAGUACAAUACAGAGCAGUUAAGAGAGUUACAGGGUUUUAGAGGACUUGCAAACUAGUUGGACAACCAGCAAUCUGUGAACUGUUUUUUUGCUACCGUGUCUUGCAUUUACCCAGUCCAAUAUGGCAGUGGUAAGCAUGGUAAGUUCCAAAAUGGUUUUGAGAGCAAUGAAUCAAUCAGUCCAUCACAUAAAAUGCAAUGGAAUCUUUAACAAGUUGACAUUUUACUAUUGAGCUAUGUGGACUGUUUCUCUCCUGGAUCAUUUUGGCUCAUUCAAAUAGAAUUUGCAACAAAAACGCAACAAAAUGAAAUACCAUUGUUUAAUUGUUAUACAGAGGCUUUGUAGAUAAUUCUAUUCAUAUAAAUGUUUGAAAAGUGGGAAUAUUUAGAUAUUUUUUUGUUUCUAUCAGCAGCAUAUUAAAAAAACAUAGCAAGUGCCCGAAUUAGCACCCAAACAAGGGGUGGACAGGCGUUCGAUAACAAAACAAGACUUGAUCACGGAGAACAGCAACGUCUUUGGACAUACGUUUUGGAGACUGCUACUUUAAUCUUGGAUUUUCUGCCUUCUACCUGAGGCCUUUUUCAGCCCAAAAACAAUGAAGCUAUGGAUUCCUGAAAGGAAGCAUAUCUGAAGAGCACUAUUUCUGUGCAGAUGUGCAGAAAACUUUCUUUUACACGCAUAAAUAUAUAACAUGAAAGUAUUUAAUGUCCCAAUAUAAGGAAAAAAAGUUUGUAGUUUUUGGAUUAGAUGCACCCUUUUCUUAACGGCUGUGUUAUGAUGCGACAUACAUACUGACAAAUAGACAAAUUUAUACUUAAGUGACAUUGUUGAUUCAAUGGUUAUGGGUUUUUUCAAAGGUUUUUUGUUUGAUAAGAAUGAACUGGCACAUAGCCACACCUACAGCACUGUGGCAGAGUAAGAGACCAUCCUUCAUUUAUUUAAUUUCCAAUCAAAAUUGCCAUUAAGUAUAAGGUAUUCUUUGGUUUCAAAAAACAAAAUUUAAAGGAAAAUAAACAUAAAAGCCACAAAAACAAAAUAUAACUUUUUUAGUAUUUACUGUGUCCACACUUUGACCUUUAUUACAACGUCCACUGUUUUAGGAGACUCACUUUCAGUUUCUCUAAAGAAAUAGAAAGGGAUAUUUUUUCUCUCCUCCAAAGUUCAGUCUUGAUUUCAUUUUCUGCUUCUCACCAUCCCAAUAAUCCUAAACACAUUCAGUGAUGUUGACUGGACAUGAUUUUCUCCUCUCUCUCAAAGAUGAAAGCUUUAAGUACUGUUUAUCUGAUGGUGGCGGUUUUGGUGCUCUACCAGGUCUUGCACGGUGAAUCUCCUGAAAUAUCUCCUGAAAAAUUAUACAUAAUGUACGUACAUAAUAGCCGUUUUGACCAGAGAUGACAUAAAUAAAGAGUGGUCUCUGACUUUUGCACAGUACAUGACAAAGAUGCUUUUGCAGGAAUAUAUUUAAUGGAUUGUUACAGUGUGGUUGUAUACCAUAAUUGUGGAUUUUUUUAAUUGAGCGAGAGCACAGUAGUAUUUUCUUCUUUUGACGGUUGGAACUGAAAAAAAAAAAAAACGAGAUUAAGCCGUAACAUUAGGAAUCUGCUCGGUAAGGAUGUGAUUUUUACUCAGACUCUUUG